GAGAAAAGUAGCAGCUCUGAAUCAUUAAGUGACAAAGGCUCCGAAUUGAAGAAAAGCUUCGAUGCUGUUGUGUUUGAUGUUCUUAAGGUUACACCAGAAGAAUACGCGGGUCAGAUAACGCUAAUGGAUGUCCCAGUAUUUAAAGCUAUUCAACCAGAUGAGCUUUCAAGUUGUGGAUGGAAUAAAAAAGAAAAAUAUAGUUCUGCACCAAAUGCAGUUGCCUUCACAAGAAGAUUUAAUCACGUAAGCUUUUAGGUUGUAAGAGAGAUUCUUCAUGCUCAAACAUUAAAAAUUAGAGCAGAAGUUUUGAGCCACUAUAUUAAAACUGCUAAGAAACUAUAUGAGCUGAAUAACCUUCAUGCACUCAUGGCAGUGGUUUCUGGCUUACAGAGUGUCCCAAUUUUCAGAUUGACAAAAACAUGGGCAUUAUUAAGUCGAAAAGACAGAACUACCUUUGAAAAAUUAGAAUAUGUAAUGAGUAAAGAAGAUAACUACAAAAGACUCAGAGACGAUAUAAGUAGCUUAAAGAUGACACCUUGCAUUCCCUAUUUAGGUAUCUAUCUGUCAGAUUUAACAUACAUUGAUUCAGCAUACCCAUCAACUGGCAGCAUUCUAGAAAACGAGCAAAGAUCAAAUUUAAUGAAUAACAUCCUUCGAAUAAUUUCUGAUUUACAGCAGUCCUGUGAAUAUGAUAUUCCCAUAUUGCCUCAUGUCCAAAAAUACCUGAACUCUGUUCAAUAUAUAGAGGAACUACAAAAGUUUGUGGAAGACGAUAAUUACAAGCUGUCACUGAAGAUAGAACCAGGGACAAGCACGCCUCGUUCUGCUGCUUCCAGGGAAGACUUGGUCGGUCCUGAAGUAGGAGCAUCGCCCCAGAGUGGGAGAAAAAGUAUAGCUGCUGAAGGAGCCUUGCUGCCACAGACACCCCCUUCCCCCCGGAACCUGAUUCCACACGGACACAGGAAGAGCCACAGCUUGGGUUAUAAUUUCAUUCAGAAAAUGAAUACAGCAGAAUUUAAGAGUGCAACGUUCCCAAAUGCAGGGCCAAGACAUCUGUUAGAUGAUAGUGUCAUGGAGCCCCAUGCACCAUCUCGAGGCCAAGCUGAAAGUUCUACUCUUUCUAGUGGAAUAUCAAUAGGUAGUAGUGAUGGUUCUGAACUAAGUGAAGAGACCUCAUGGCCUGCUUUUGAAAGUUCUGCAGAGUCAGAAGAUUUGGCAGUACAUUUAUAUCCAGGAGCUGUUACUAUUCAAGGUGUUCUCAGGAGAAAAACUUUGUUAAAAGAAGGCAAAAAGCCUAUGGUAACAUCUUGGACAAAAUAUUGGGCAGCCUUGUGUGGAACACAACUUUUUUACUAUGCUGCCAAAUCUCUGAAGGCUACAGAAAGAAAACAUUUCAAAUCAACAUCAAAUAAGACUGAAAUUUCUUGA